CCGGGCAUGGGGCGCGCCGCGGCCGCCUGAAGCGCGGGCCUGGCCCUGUCCCCGCGCGGCCGGGCCGCGCCGCCCGGGCUGCAGGCGGGUCCCGGGAAGCUGGGUCCCCGGACGGCGGGCGGUGCGGCGCGCGCGGGCGGCCCCGGAGGAGGCCUGGAGAUGUCCUGUGUGCGCCGCCUCCUGCUCACAUCCCUGUUCCCGGCCCUCCUGCUUCACGGGCUGGGAGAGGGCUCUGCCCUCCUUCAUCCGGACAGCAGGUCCCACCCCAGGUCCUUGGAGAAAAGUGCCUGGAGGGCUUUCAAGGAAUCCCAGUGUCACCACAUGCUCAAACAUCUCCACAAUGGUGCCAGGAUCACUGUGCAGAUGCCGCCUGCCAUCGAGGGCCACUGGGUGUCUACCGGCUGUGAGGUGCGGUCGGGCCCCGAGUUCAUCACCAGGUCCUACCGGUUCUACCACAACAACACGUUCAAGGCCUACCAGUUCUACUACGGCGGCAACCGCUGCACCAGCCCCACCUACACACUGGUGGUCCGCGGCAAGAUCCGCCUGCGCCAGGCCUCCUGGAUCAUCCGCGGCGGCACCGAGGCUGACUACCAGCUGCACCGCGUGCAGGUCGUGUGCCACUCAGAGGCCGUGGCGGAGCGGCUCGGCCAGCUGGUCAACCGCACAUGCCCUGGCUUCAUGCCCGCCGGGGGUCCCUGGGUGCAGGACGUGCCCUAUGACCUGUGGCGGGAGGAGGGCGGCCGCGAGUGCACCCGGGCCGUGAACUUUGCCAUGCACGAGCUGCAGCUGGUCCGCGUGGAGAAGCAGUACCUGCAGCACAACCUGGACCGCCUGGUGGAGGAGCUCUUCCUGGGUGACAUCCACACUGACGCCUCCCAGAGGAUGUUCUACAGGCCGUCCAGCUACCAGCCCCCGCUGCAGAAUGCCAAGGAAAGGCCUUUGGGAGCUCACGUCUCAGAAUCUAAACUUCAUGGAAAUCCCAUUUCUAGAAAAUGCAGUGCUGCUCCCGGGCACCCACCGAUGCUCCUUUUUCCCUCCAGGAAGCGGUGUUCUGUCGGUUCCGCUCGCAGAAGAACUGGCAGCCAAACGCCGGCCCCGAGGAACCGGCCGUGCCUCUCUUACCCUUUUCCAUCGUCCUUCCAGCCCGGGCCCGUCUGUGGUGGUUGCAUCACAUCUACAGGGUUGCUGUGCAGAGUCCUUGUGAGGCUAAGUCCUUUUGUCCUCAACGCCUGCCACCUGCUCCUGUCGUCGGCCUGGCCAGACACACUGCCAGCCUCCGGGUGUGGCCCCAAGGCUACAGUUACAGAGACCCAACCUGUGUGGCCACGGCCAUUUCCCCUACUUUCUUCUGAAAGGGGAAUCAUCACUGCUCCUUUGGAAGGUCAGAAUGAGCCCGAGUCCACAACAUCCCAGGAUCCCAGCUCUGAAAGGCACCCCAAGAGGCCCCUCCCACAAGGUGGGCAGCACUCACGGUUGUGAUGAAUGCUGGCUGCUCUGUUCAUCUUGUUACGUUUCCGAGGACAACUUUCUAACCAUCCAUCAGCCUGUGAGCCAUGAACCUGUAUCACACCUACUGUGUUCUCCUAGGUGUCAUGGGACGUAGGAAAACGGGAGGGCGCUGGUCUUGGCCUCAAAUACCUACCACGUCACGGAGAGGAGCUGGGAAGGAUGUCCGUGUAGAAGGACCUACCAUAGGGCGCCUGCAGUUCAGUCACACACGUGGUGAAUGGUACUUGGGAAGACAGCUUUCAGCAUCAUCCUUGGCCAUCCGUGGAGGUUUCUUCCUGAGAAACGUGACCCGGGGGAGCAGAACUCUAGGAAGGGGCAUUUCAUCAUCUAUCCCCAUUUCUCCUCCUCAGACAAAACAUUUAGCCCAAGAAAUGUCUUAUGCAGGCUGCUUCUCUAGUUGACUUAUUCACGACAAGAUCAUGUCAAGUAACUUUUUCCAUUCUGGGAAGAUGCUGGGAAACAAGUGGAUCUGUCAGCAAAUGCUGACGAACCAGCUCUCCAGAAAUAAAUGUUGGCAGGGAACAGGGCAAAGCCUAGAGAACCGUGUCAGUCAUCGGCCAGAGAGGACCUUUUCAAGGGACCAGAGCCCUUGGUAGGGAGACGUGUGUUCCUUGCAGACCCCAGCCUAAGGGGCAGCCUGGGGCCGGAAGGGAGCACUCUGCAAUCCCCACAGCCGAGUUCUGUCCCAGAUCCCUCCGAGCCAUGUCAUUCUCUCUCUCUCUGUGCUUUUGUGGCCUCAUCUGUGACGUGUACUGUGGUCUCUUUGGGAGACUGAGAAGCGUAAGGAGAUGAUGUACUUGAACUUCCCCAGCAUCAAAUGCCCUGUACAUGCAAACUGUGUUAUUUAACUGUUCCCAGGGCCGGGCCAGGAUCAGGAAACACAGUGGGAAAACCCCCCUCUGCCUAGGACAUUGCUCACUGAUAAAAUGUGAUGUUUUAGAAUAAGCUUGAUUUCUUUCUUAAGAGAUUAAUAAUGGUAUAGGGAUUCCCCACUCCCACCCAGGAAUGAAAGCUUUUUAUAGUUGGUGUAAAGAAUAGCAGCAAGGAACACGUUCUGGUCCCUCGGCUCUAGCCCUCAGCUUCUUGUGCACAGGAACACUGACGUUAAAAUAGCCUAUCUGAGAUGCAAGGGAGGGAGCGAUGUGAAGCCUAACGGGAGAGCCUGGGAAAGACGGCUUCUCAGAUGAGACCUAUGGAUCAGAGCAUGGACCAAACAGAGUAACUUCAUGAAGCAAAUGAGAUUUCAUGGUACAAAUCACUCUUCAUGUUGAAAAACUCUUCCCCUUUCGUCAUUGUGAAUGGCCGCUGUUUGAGAAAAGCAUCUUGGAAAAGAGAAACUUUAGAGCCAGUGUGAUAUCUAGGCCUUAAUUUCUGCUUCUCCAUGGUUGUUCCUGUAGGUCUUUGGGGUUUUAUUCAAGCCAAAGAGAGUGGUAAUUAAGAGCACAAAUCAGAUUUUUAAAAAAUCUGUCCACAAAACAGAAAGGUGUUCCCUUUAUCCAACGUUGGCUGAAACUGUCCCCUUGUUGACAGCAUCCACAGAGAGGCCAAACCUCCCACACUGAUUUAUGACAUCUUUGGUUCCUUAAUGCCAGCCAAAGAGUUGGUUAAAACGGUAACUAGUCAACUCAACAACAGCAAAAAGCAACCCGAUUAAAAGAUGGGCAAAGGACUUGAAUAGACAUUUCUCCAAAGAAGAUGUACAAAUAGGCCAUAAGCACAUGAAAAGAUGCUCAGCAUUUCUAAUCAUGAGGGAAGUGCAAGUCAAAACUUCAGUGAGGUAGCACAUCACACUUAUUAGGAUGGCUGUUAUCAAAAAAAAAAAAAGAAAGAAAAUAACAACUGCUGGUGAGGGUGUAGAGAAAUUGGAACCGUCGUGCUUUGCUGGUGAGAAUGUACAGCUGCUGUACAAUAUGGCAGGUUCUCAAAAAAUAUUGAACAUAGAAUCACCAUAUAAUCUAGCAAUUCCACUUCUAGGUAUAUACCCAAAAGAAUUGAAAGCAUGUUCUCAAAUAGAUUGGACACCCAUGUUCACGGCAGCAUUAUUCACAAUAGCCAAAAAGUGAAAGCAACCCAGGUGUCCAUUGACAGAUGAAUACAUAAACGAAAUGUGGUCCAUCCAUACAGUGGAAAACUAUUCAGCCUUAAAAAGGAGGGAAAUUCUGACACAUGCUACAACAUGGAUGAACCUUGAAGACAUUAUGUUAAGAGAAAUAAGCCAGUUACAAGAAGGACAAAUACUGUAUGAUCCCACUUAUAUGUGGGCCCUCUAGUAGUCAGAUCCAUAGACACAGAAAGUAGGACGGUGGUUGUCAAGGGCUACGAUGGGGGGUGUCAUACGAUCUUCAUCUCCAUCUGGCCACGAACUCCCCACCCCAGCCCCUGGUAACUCUAUUCUGCUUUCUGUCUCCAUGGAUUUGAUGACUUGAGGUCCCUCCUAUAAGUGGGAUUGCACAGAAUUUGUCCUUCUGUGACCGGCUUAUUUCAGUCAGAAUGAUGCCCUCACGGUUCAUCCUUGUAACAACAUGUGUGUGUCAGGAUUCCCGUCCUUUUGUAAGGCUGAAUCAUAGUCCAUUUUGUGUCUAGACCACGUUUUGAUGAUCCAUUCAGCCAUUGAUGUACAUUGUGUUGUUUCCGUUUUUAGGUUAUUGCAAAUCGUGCUGCUGUGAACGUGGGUGAACAAAUACCUCUUUGAGACCCUGAUUUCAGUUCUUUGGGGUAUAAACCAGAAGUGGGGUUGCUGGGUCCUGAGGUGAUCCUUUACCACCUUUACGUUUACCACCUUUACGUAGCUGCACCCCUUUACGUUCCUACCAGCAGUGCACGAGAGUUCCAGUUUCUCCACGGCCCCGCCAAUGCUGUCAUUUUUUGCUCGUUCUGAUAGUAGCCAUCCUAAUUGGGGUGAGGUGAUGCCAGCCUUUCUUUUUGAAAUCAAGUGUCUGGGACAAAUGGUCUGAAAAUGUAACAGGAUUCUAAAGGGGGUCCAGGUCACAGCUGAAAUAUUUAGGCAAGGCUCUACUGUUAGCCAAACACACUUAUGUACUUGUGAGCACACGCAGGCACACACACCCGGUCUGUGGCUCCAGUUGCCCCUGGGGUACCCAGGUUAAUGGUGGCGGUGCCUCAGGGGCUGCCGGUGCCUCUGCCGUGAGCCCCGUCGAACGCAGCGCAUGCGCACUGCUCUCAUGGAGACUUCUCCCCCCCCCUCCACGUGUUUGUGUUUUGGCUCCAGAACCACGACCACGCCUGCAUUGCCUGCCGCAUCAUCCACCGGUCGGAUGAGCACCGGCCGCCCCUGCUGCCCCCCAAGGCGGACCUGACGGUGGGCCUGCACGGCGAGUGGGUG